UGCAGGAUAUGAUUAGCCAGAUAUUGGAUAUUUCAACAUUAAUUAAGAUGCUAUCAAGCAGUAUCCAGGCAGUAAGGCGUGCAACAUUGGCUUUCUUGCUUGAGCUUUCAAGAUCCCAGGUUUUGGGUGAAAAGAUUGGGUCUGCUCCUGGAGCAAUUCUGAUGCUGAUCAGAAUCAGAUAUAAUCACAACACCGAUCCCUCUGCUUCAGAAAAAGCACAUGAAAUAUUAAAGAACCUGGGGAAAUGUCCUGACAACAUCAAGCGGAUGGCUGAGAGUGGAUUCCUGGAACCUCUUCUAAAUCAUCUUAUUGAAGGUAAUUCAAAGAAUUUUCACCUUUCAAUACAAGUACUCCUAUUGAGUUUUUCAUGAAACAGAAAGAUGCUAUUAUCAGGUAGUGAGGAAACGCAGAUGGAGAUGGCAAGCUAUUUGGGAGAAGUAGUUCUUGAACAUGACAGCAAAACCUAUGUGGCUGAGAGGGCUUCUCCUUGUCUCAUCCAAAUGGUGCAGAGUGGGAACAGUCUGGUCAGAAGGGCAGCGUUUCAGGCCCUAGCAGAAAUCUCAUCUUACCACCCAAAUGCAAGGAUACUUGUAGAAGCUGGCAUUUUCCAUAUCAUGGCUGAUGAGAUGUUCACUCGGACGAUCUACAAUGAACCAAUGAACUCGAAGAAAGAAGCUGCUGCAAUACUUGCAAAUAUACUUGAGUCUGGGGUUGAUCAUGGAAGCCUCCAAAUAAACACUCAUGGCCACACAAUGAGUUCGGAUUAUGUUGUCUAUGGCAUUAUCUACAUGCUCAAGAACUCAAGCCCAGAUGAACUCAACAUCAAUCUCAUCAGAAUACUCAUGUGCCUGUCUGAGUCACCCAAAUCAAUGACCACAGUUGUCUCAGUGAUCAAGGAGACUGAAGCAAGCUACACGCUGGUUGAACUCCUCAACAAUCCACAUGAAGAACUCAGUGUUGCAGCAAUCAAACUGUUAAUAAAACUCUCACCUUACAUUGGUCACACAUUAGCUGAAAGACUCUGUAGAACCAGAGGUCUACCCGAGAAUCUAAUUGAAAUCCCAACUCAGCCAAACCAUAUCACAGAGAAGCAGGCGGUUUCAGCAAAGCUGCUGGCAAAAAUCCCCCACCAGAACCUGACACUUAAUCUGGUUCUCCUCAACAAGAAUGUUGUCCCUGGAAUCUUACAGACGAUCAACUCAAUUCAAAGAAGUGGAACAAGAAGUAGCAGGUAUGCAAAUGCUUACUUGGAGGGCCUAGUGGGAAUUCUUGUCAGAUUUACCACUACACUAUACGAAACUCAAAUUUUGUUCCUUGCAAGAACCCACAACUUUACCCAGGUAUUUACUGAACUGCUCGUGAAGACGUCGAGUGAUGAAGUUCAAAGGUUAUCAGCAAUUGGUUUGGAAAACCUCUCAUCAGAAUCAACACAUCUAUCAAAACCACCAGAAAUCAAGAAAACAAAGUUUGUGAAAUUGUUGUACCUACCCAAGUCCCUAUCAGUUGGUUCAUCAAAGAGUAAAAAUAUACUGCUGUGCCCUGUUCAUAGAGGAGUCUGCUCUUCACAAAGCACAUUUUGCUUGGUACAUGCGAAGGCAGUUGAAAGGCUGCUAGCAUGUUUAGAUCAUGAGAAUGCUGGAGUAGUUGAAGCUGCAUUGGCAGCCAUAUGCACUUUGUUGGAUGAUAAGGUUGAUAUGGACAAUAGUGUGAGCCUGUUGAGUGAAGCACAUGCUAUAAAACAUGUCUUGAAUGCUGUGAAAGAGCACAAACAAGAGGGCCUCUGGCAGAAAUCAUUUUGGGUGAUUGAGAAAUUCCUACUGAAAGGUGGGGAUAAGUCUGCUUCUGACAUAUCACAGGACAGGCUGUUUCCAGCCACAUUAAUAAGUGCUUUCCAUCAUGGAGAUGGUAAUACAAGGCAGAUGGCUGAGAAGAUUUUGAGGCACCUUAACAAGAUGCCUAACGUCUCAACCACCAAUUACUAUACCCUGUAGAAAUGAUCUUCCAAUUUCAUCCUAGUAAUGGUGCAAAGUGACGCUAGUUAAGAGCAAGUCUACCCCAUUAAUUCUGCAAGCAGUCAAGCACUUUCUCGGCAAGUUGGCCAUAUUAAAUUAGUAAUUCCUAGUUGUGAAAAACUUAUUUUUAUUUUUAGCAGGCAGGAUUUGACUAUUUGACUAGAAAAGACAAAUCCAUAGCUAGGUCACAAAAGACCAAACGCACUUGCAGCUUUAAGUGUAC